CGUGACAAUGGCAUUACUACGUAUGUUUUGAAUCACCAUUUAGUAGUACAUUACGCAAGUGGCAGUCAGUAAAUGAUUAACCAUGAGUUUAUUGAAGAAGCAAUUUAGAUUAUAGACUAAAAUGAAUAAUGAGUAAAUAUGACCAUCAAUUCCUAUCAAUAUGCUGACUUUCUAAAAAUGUUAUUAAAGGGAAGCGACGCUACUUCUAGCUUGACCUGAUCAGGAUAAGUGAGUUCUGAAAAUUCUGAUUUAGUGUUUCUACAGGUAAAUUUAAAUCUAGAUAUAGAUGCACUAUACUCGUCUUUCUCAUUUCUCUGUCUUCUUCUGAACAAAAAAAGGAAUAAGCAAAGAAGAAUGUCAAAAGAUAUUGACCACCUCACUAAGCCUUGGUUACUGUCCCCAAAAAGGAAUUACGCCUUUCUAAAUGCAAAUUUGAUCGAUGUUGUAGCUGGAACAAUCAUUGAGAAUGUCACCAUUUAUAUCAAUAAUGGAAUUAUUAGUCAGGUCGAUACUGUCAAAAAAGAAGUGCCAGAGGGAUUUAAUGCCGUAAAUCUUGAGGGUCAGUUUGUUUGUCCUGGAUUAAUUGAUGUCCAUAUUCAUCUUGUGGCUGUUCCAGGUGGAACAGAUCUAAAAACUGGAUUACAACUUCCGUUACCUCGUAUAGUAUUGCAAUAUCACAGACUUUGUAAAAAUAUGUUAGACAGAGGAUUUACUUCUGUCAGGGACUGUGGUGGAGCUGCUGCAUUUGUUCGCGAUGCCAUAGAAGAUGAUAUAAUUCAUGGUCCCCGAUUAUUUCUAGCAGGGAAUGCUCUCUCACAAACUGGUGGUCAUGGUGAUUUGCGUAAUCCAGUUUUUGAAGACAAAGUGCAGGAUGCAUGUGGAUGUCAGAGCAAUGUAGUUGCUAGAAUAUGUGAUGGCGCAGAUGAAUGUUUAAAGGCUGCACGAGACGAACUAAGGAAAGGCGCCGAUUUCAUAAAAAUAAUGGCUGGAGGAGGAGUUGCUUCUCCAACUGACAAUAUAUCUUCUCUCCAGUUUACUUCUGAAGAAAUUAAGGCAAUUGUGCAAGCUGCAAGCAAUAGUGGUACUUAUGUUACUGCUCAUGCUUAUACGCCUCAGUCUAUACGCCAUUGCAUAGAAAAUGGCGUACGAGGGAUUGAGCAUGGGAACUUGAUUGAUGAGUCGACAGCAGAAUACAUGGCCAGUCAUGAUGCAUAUCUUACACCUACUCUCAUCACUUAUAAAAUGAUGGCAAAUGAUCAAUUUACUGGUUUUCUUCCUGAAGAAGUACGAAAGAAAAACGAAAAAGUUUUAGCCGCUGGAUUGAAAUCCCUAGCUAUUGCAAAAAAUGCUGGCGUUAAAAUUUGUUAUGGCUCCGAUUUACUCGGCCCUCUCGUCUCAGCACAAACUGGUGAGUUUGUAUUACGUUCCUCCGUGUGUACUCCCGCCGAAAUCCUACAAGCAGCUACAAUAAACCCAGCUAAACUUUUAGGUAUGGAAAGUAAGUUGGGACAGCUAAAGCAGGGAUUUUAUGCAGACCUUUUGAUUUUAAAUAGUAACCCUUUGGAGGACAUCUCUGUAUUAGACCGGCCGGAUCGCCAUCUCUUGGCUGUCAUGAAAGGAGGUAGAAUUUACAAGAGCAGGUGGACAAAGUUGCCAGAUGAUGUUAUUCAAAGAGACAUUAUUGAGUAACUUUUAUGUAUUUUACUUUAUGUAUUUUUAGGGAAAGUAGGUUUCGUUAGUUGCUUAUUAGACAGACCGCUUGCCCUCUUUGUCUAAUCCUUUAACAUAAUAUUUAAUAGCUAAUUGUUCCUCAUUUUUCCAA